UUGGAUAUUAUGGCGUCUCCCUCUCUCUCGUUCUAGGAUUGCAGAUUAUCGAUGUCUGCUUUGGUCCUCAUGGCUUCGAGACGAAACCCUAAUCAAUACCUGCUGAUGAAGCUCAUUUUUAAGUAAUCAAGUACCUUCAACCCAAUCAAAGAGUAUCCAUUUAUCUCUCCGUGGCUGGCUGGGUAUUCGCACUUCAAGAUUUUAUUUUUUUGUUCAGCUGUUUCUUGUUGUAGGAUAUUUGAUUGAGAGUCUCUCUAUACUGCUCGGUUUUUGUUGCCAUGAGCAAUGUAUGCAUUGCUAGAUACCAUGGUAUCCCCCAUAAAGCCGUGAAACAAUUGUGUCCUAGGAGAAGAUGUGGAAGUGGAUCCUGCAGAUUCUUUUCCCUCUGUCCUGCACCACUGCUUACAACUGCCCUCCCCAUUGUCCGUCCAACCUCAGCACUAGUAUUGACUUCACACCUUAAUCCAUUUGAUGCACCACAACGGUCAGAUGAAUGGUUUGCCCUUCGAAAGGACAAGCUGACCACAAGCACCUUCAGUACUGCCUUGGGUUUUUGGAAGGGUAAUCGACGCCAGGAACUCUGGAACGAGAAAGUAUUCACGUGUGAGGCAAAAAUUGCGGAAGCUUCAAAGAGGGGUGCCAUGGAAUGGGGUGUUCUCAAUGAAGCAGCUGCAAUAGACCGAUACAAAAGCAUCACAGGUCACGAUGUGAGCAUGUUAGGAUUUGCCGUCCAUCCAGCAGAACAAUAUGACUGGCUCGGUGCCUCCCCUGAUGGCCUUCUUGGCUGCUAUUCAGGAGGUGGCAUCCUGGAGGUGAAGUGUCCGUUCAACAAAGGGAAGCCAGAGACUGCCUUGCCUUGGUCAAUUGUGCCUUUCUAUUACAUGCCUCAGGUGCAGGGUCAAAUGGAGAUCAUGGACCGAGAAUGGGUUAAUUUGUAUUGUUGGACCCCAAACGGCAGCACCAUAUUCCACGUCCGUAGGGAGCGUCAGUAUUGGGAGAUUAUACAUGGGAUUUUACGGGAAUUUUGGUGGGAAAAUGUAGUUCCUGCCAAGGAUGCUCUGCUGCUGGGAAGGGAAGAGGAGGCAAAUUCAUAUAAGCCAGCAUCUACCCAUAAGCAAACAGGAUUUGCUAUCGCUAAGAGCAUCAAGUUAGCCAGCGAGGCCAAGUUAUUGUGUAGGGAGAUAGCAGGUCAUGUUGAAUUCUACAGAUGAAGAUUACACAUAAUACACCGCAAUCCAUCCCUCCCAUGCAAAGAUUCACAAGAAGGUGAAUUGCCGUGUUCUGUAAAAAGACGAAGGGAGUAAGGAGAAUGGAAAAGACGGGAUAAAGAGCUAUGUAACAAAGCAAUCGGUCAACCAACAAGGAAGUGAAUGGCUCAUUUCGAUUCCAUCAUCUAAAAACCAGCGAUGAAGCUUCUUAUUUUGUGCCUCUUUCGAGUUCUCAUGUAUUGGUUGUUCAGAUUAUGGUCUUUGUUGUCUCUUAGAUCUCAUUUAAGAAUUUUUGGAUUUAUAUACCAAUUUACAUCAACAUCAUCUUUAUUUAUAUGGAUCAAAGUUAGGGAUCUUGAUUUUGCA